UAGUUCGUGUUUAAGUGCGAUAGCAAACGUUCAAUGUUACAUUGUUAUUUUUUUUGUUUUAUUUUUAAAUUCAAUUAGAUGGCAAAGUUCUCACGGUUGUUGUGCUAUUCGGACAUUUUUUUUAAAUAUAAACUAAAUUACUUAAGUUUUUAUUAGAUUACGAGGAGUGGAAAUCUGUUAUUCGAACCCUACAUUCCAACAGUGGAUAAAAGGAUUAGAAGAAGAGAAGAUAUAAAUUAAAAAAGAAUAAAAGUGUCAUGUGAAACUAAAAAACAAACUAUGAUUUAAUUGUUCAACAAUACAGAGUAUAAAUAAUAUAAAAAAAAAUAUCUUCAGUAACUUAGUAUAUGAACUUUUUUUGUUACAAAGACCAUUUCCCCUAUUUUGAAAUUAAAUAAAGUGAUUGUGAUUUUUGAGAUUAUUAUUAACAUUUAUAAAAAGAAAAAUCGAACAACCUAAACUACAUCACACUGCUGGGCAUAGGCCUCCAUUCAAUCAACUAAAGGGACUAUGGAGCAUACUCCACCACGCUGCACAAUUUCGCUUUAAUGUUUGAUAUGACAUAAAGUACAAGUCUUCAUCAUCAUCAGCCCAUUAACGUCCCCACUGCUGGGGCACGGGCCUUCCCUAUGGACGGAUAGGGAGAUCGGGCCUUAAACCAUCACGCGGGCCCAGUGCGGAUUGAUGGUUAUUAACGACUGCUAAUGCAGCUGGGACCAACGGCUUAACUUGCCUUCCGAAGCACGGAGGAGCUCGAGAUAAAAACUUUUUUGUGGUCACCCAUCAUUUGAGCGGCCUUUGCGAAAGUUGCUUAACUUCAACAAUCGCAGACCGAGCGCGUUUACCGCUGCGCCACCGAGCCCAUCCAAGUACAAGUAAUCUCCUCUCAAUCGGAGUACUAUGUAGCAUUCAGAGCAUACUCCACCACGCCACUCCGCUUGUAAACAGACUAAACAUGUCACUGUACCCAUUGAUACACUUUUCAGAGAACAUGACGUGUAUAGUGAACGUGGAACAAGGUAGCCUUCAAGGCAAGGAGUGCACGACGUAUAACGGCAGGAAAUACUACAGCUUCGAAGGAAUACCUUACGCGAAACCCCCUGUGGCCAAGCUGCGAUUUCGGGACCCUCAACCAGCAGAAAGCUGGACUGGCAUCCGUGAUGCCACUAAACCAGGAAACAAAUGUGCUCAAAUGGACCCCUACGGCAAAAACGCCCUGAUAGGCUCCGAAGACUGCCUUUACCUCAACAUCUACACCCCAAGCUUGCCACAGGAAAAAAUUGAAAACCUACCAGUAAUAUUCUUCGUACACGGUGGUAGAUUUUUAGUAGGCUACGGCGAUUAUUACCAACCAGACUAUUUCCUACAAAACGAUGUAAUUUUAGUCACAAUUAAUUACAGGCUGCAUAUAUUAGGUUUCCUUUGCCUACAUAUACCGGAGGCACCUGGAAACGCCGCAUUUAAAGAUACAAUAAUGGCGCUGAGGUGGGUGAAAAAAAAUAUAAAAUAUUUUAAUGGCGACGAGAAUAAUGUGACAGCUUUUGGCGAAAGCGCGGGAGCUGGGCUAGUGACGUCAUAUGUAACUACUAAAAUGGCGGACGGUCUCGUGAACAAAAUUAUUGGCCAAUCAGGAGUUUGUAUAUCAGAUUUGCUUUUAAUCGAAGAUGAUCCUGUAGAGAAAGCCAGACAUAUCGCAUCGAUUUUAGGACGGGAUUUGAAAGAUGAAAAAAGUUUAUAUGAGUUUUUAGUAAAUGCCCCUAUAGAGGAGCUAAUUUUCGCAGCAGGAGUCGCGGAGUUAUCCCGCCCUCCGCAUAUUAUAAGCGCUUACUUCUUACCAAACGUCGAGAAAAAGUUAGAAGGCGUCGAACCUUUUUUCGAAGAAUAUCCAAUUGCAACAUUGAAGCAAAAUCGUUAUUUAAAAAUACCGAUGCUAUUUGGCUUAAACUCGCACGAAGGCGCGUUAUUUUUAAGAAGAGACUCUGAAGGCAAGAUCCAAUAUUUAACAGACCCUGCGAAGUUCAUUCCGAGAUAUCUAUCUAUACCCGAAAAUAGUCCCAGAGCUGUUAAUUUCGGUAAACAAUUGAAGCAAUUUUACUUUAAAAAUAAAGAAAUCAAUGAAGAAACGAAAGAAGAAUACAUAGACUUUAUAUCUGAUUCAUAUUUCAAUAGGGACAUAGUAAUGUUCGCCGAGUACUAUUCGAAGUAUUGUGAUAAUGUAUACUUCUACAAUUUCUGUUACGCUGGUAAUAUGAACACAAGAGUAAUGAAGCAAUUGGGUUUGAAAGGGGCCUCACACGGCGAUAUAGUGCAGUAUCAAUUCUACAAAAAAAACAAAGCCGACUUAUGUGACGAGAAGGACAAAGCAAUUAUCAAAUUUAUAUGCGAAGCGUGGUGCAACUUCGCUAAAAAUGGUAAACCCACGUGGUCUGACCAGAAAGUGGAAUGGCAGCCUUACGACCAAGCCAAACGGCUGUGUCUCAACAUUGACAACAAUUUGUCACUAGUACAAUAUCCAGGAUGGAAAAGAAUCAAAUUCUGGAUAGAUAAUAUGGGUGAAAGGUCCAAAUUGUAAUAGUACUGCGGCACAGUGGGUGGUGAAGGUGGUAUCCCGACGUGCCGGCAGAGUAGAGAAAUGAUUGGUGAUAAACGGUGACAAAAUAACUUAUAAACUUCAGCAGGAACAUAUACAUACAUAAACAGCCUAUAUACGUCCCACUGCUGGGCACAGGCCUCCCCUCAAUCAACCGGAGGGGGUAUGGAGCAUACACCACCACGCUGCUCCAAUGCGGGUUGGUGGAGGUGUUUUUACGGCUAAUAGCCGGGACUAAUGACUUAACGUGCCCUCCGAAGCACGGAAUCAUCUUUUUCGGAUAAUCCGGUGAUUCAAGCCUGAAUCCUUACCAAACAAAGGACAGUCUCACAAAGUGAUUUCGACUAUGUCCCCAUCGGGAGUCGAACCCGGACCUCCAUAUCGUGACCGCAACGCUCUAACUACAAGACAACGGAGGCUGUUAUAUGUUAUUAUCUUCGAACACCGCUGGUCAAUCUCAUUUACCGCUUAGGCAUAAAAUGGCCCCGAUUCUUGCAAACAUCUCCUAAUUUUACUUUAAGUUAUAGGUACCUGUCAUUUUCUUAUCCACCGAAAAGGAAAGGGACGGAUUAUUUACAGCUCUUAAUUUUGGGAAGAAUGAGUAAAUGAAUGAAUAACCCGGGCGAAUCAAAAAGGUAUCUCGCUGGUAAGUAAACCGUUUGACGUGUGCCGUCAACAUAAUUCUGUCGGGUUAUUUGCAAUUUUUUAUAGGAUUUUAGAUUUGUGCUUAAUGUUUUAUUUAACAGGCUUCUAAAAAAGAGGUUCUAAUCUUGUUUCUGUUAAAAUUGUUAUAUUUUUAUUCAGGGAUAGUAGAGCUUCGUUGAAAUAUGAUUUAAUACACAUUAAUAUUAUAUACGAAGUAAGUAAAAUAAGUUCACUACUAUAUCCCAAUGGGGUAGUCACAGGUACUUCCAAGUACUUAAAUAUUUUUUUAUUAUUGUUAACUCUUUCGUUGUUGUUUUUUUAAAUUGUUUAUCGUUGAUAGCUUAAAAAUCGGAAAUGAUGUAAUUGUUAGUGAAUAAAUUAUUAAAAUGGUGAUUUCCCUUUAUUUAUA